UUCCGAAAGGCUAGCGCUAGGCGCCAAGCGGCCGGUUUCCUUGGCGACGGAGAGCGCGGGAAUUUUAGAUUGAUUGUAGUUGCGGCUGCGCGGCCGCUGCCCGUGGCAGCCAGAGGAUCCAGCGCCUUUCUGGGGGGCUUCUCCGGCAUUUAGGCUUCGGCGCUAGGAAGUACGGGUCUUUUUUUCUCGGAGGAAAGUUCACUGGAACUGGAAGAAAUGGAUUUAUCUGCUGUUCGAAUUCAAGAAGUACAAAAUGUCCUACAUGCUAUGCAGAAAAUCUUAGAGUGUCCAAUCUGUUUGGAAUUGAUCAAGGAACCAGUUUCCACAAAGUGUGACCACAUAUUUUGCAAAUUUUGUAUGCUGAAACUUCUUAAUCAGAAGAAAGGGCCUUCACAAUGUCCUUUGUGUAAGAAUGAGAUAACCAAAAGGAGCCUACAAAAAAGUACAAGAUUUAGUCAGCUUGUUGAAGAGCUGCUGAAAAUCAUGGCUGCUUUUGAGCUUGACACGGGAAUGCAGCUUGCAAAUGGUUUUAGUUUUUCAAAAAAGGAAAAUAAUUCUUGUGAGCAUUUGAAUGACGAGGUGUCUAUCAUCCAGAGCGUGGGCUACCGGAACCGUGUCAGAAGACUUCCCCAGAUCGAACCUGGAAAUGCCACCUUGAAGGACAGUCUCGGUGUCCAGCUGUCUAACCUUGGAAUUGUGAGAACAGUGAAGAGAAACCGGCAGACCCAACCUCGAAAUAAAUCUUUCUACAUUGAACUAGAAUCUGAUUCUUCUGAAGAGACGGUAACUAAGCCAGGUGAUUGUGGUGUGAGAGACCAGGAAUUGUUACAGAUCGUCCCUCAAGAAGCUGGAGAUGAAGGCAAGUUGCACUCUGCAGAAGAGGCUGCUUGUGAGUUUUCUGAGGGCAAAAGAAACAUUGAACAUCAUCAAUGUAGCGAUGAUUUGAACCCUACUGAGAAUCAUGCAACUGAAAGGCAUCCAGAAAAAUGUCAGAGUAUUUCUGUUUCAAACGUGCAUGUGGAGCCAUGUGGCACAGAUGCUCAUGCCAGCUCAUUACAGCCUGAGACCAGCAGUUUAUUGCUCACUGAAGACAGAAUGAAUGCAGAAAAGGCUGAAUUCUGUAAUAAAAGCAAACAGUCUGGCAUAGCAGUGAGCCAGCAGAGCAGAUGGGCUGCAAGCAAAGAAACGUGUAAUGACAGGCAGGUUCCCAGCACUGGGGAAAAGGUAGAUCCAAACACUGAUUCCCUCUGUGAUAGAAAGAAGUGGACUCAUCCGAAAAGUCUGUGUCCUGAGAAUUCUGGAGCUACCACCGAUGUUCCUUGGAUAACACUAAAUAGCAGCAUUCAGAAAGUUAAUGAGUGGUUUUCCAAAACUGGUGAAAUGUUAACUUCUGACAGCGCAUCUGCCAGGAGGCACGAGUCAAAUUCUAAAGCAGCCGUUGUGUUGGAAGUUUCAAAUGAAGUGGAUGGAGGUUUCAAUUCUUCAAGGAAAACAGACUUAGUAGCCCCCAAUCCCCAUCAUACUUUAAUGUGUAAAAGUGACUUCUCCAAAAAAGUAGAGAAUAAUAUCAAUGAUAAAAUAUUUGGGAAAACCUAUCAGAGAAAGGGAAACCACCCUCACUUGAACCAUGUGACUGAAAUUAUAGGCGCGUUUAUUACAGAACCACAGAUAACACAAGAGCAGCCCUUCACAAAUAAAUUAAAACGUAAAAGAAGAACGUGCCUUCAACCAGAGGACUUCAUCAAGAAAGCAGAUUCAACAGAUGUUCAAAGGACUCCUGAAAACAUAAAUCAGGGAACUGACCAAAUGGAGCCAAAUGAGCAAGCAAUGAGUACUACCAGUAACUGUCAGGAGAACAAAACAGCAGGUAGUAAUCUCCAGAAAGGGAAAAACACUCAUCCAGUGGAAGCAUCGAGAAAGGAACCUGCUGCCACAGCUAAAGCCAAAUCUAUAAGCAACAAUAUAAGUGAUUUGGAGGUAGAAUUAAAUGUCCACAGUUCAAAAGUACCUAAGAAAAAUAGGCUGAGGAGGAAGUCUUCUAUCAGGUGUGCUCUUCCACUUGAACCAAUCAGUAGAAAUCCAAGCCCACCUACUUGUGCUGAACUUCAAAUCGAUAGUUGUGGUAGCAAUGAAGAAACAAAGAAAAACAAUUCCAACCAAAAGCCAGCCAGGCACCUUAGAGAGCCUCAACUCAUCGAAGACACUGAACCUGCAGCUGAUGCCAAGAAGAACGAGCCAAAUGAACACAUGAGGAAGAGACGUGCUAGCGACGCUUUCCCAGAAGAGAGAUUAAUGAACAAAGCUGAUUUAUUAACUAGCUGUUCAAGUCCUAGAAAAUCUCAAGGGCCUGUCAAUUGCAGCCCUCCGAGAAAAGGAGUAGAGCAACUUGAAACAUGCCAAAUGCCCGGCAAUGCCAUAGAACUUGGGGAUCUGGUCCCGGGAGGAGAACCCAGUGGCAAACCCACCGACCGAUCUGAGGAGAGCAGCAGCGUGUCCUUGGUACCUGACACUGACUACGACACUCAGAACAGUGUCUCAGUCCUGGAAGCUAACACUGUCAGAUAUGCAAGAACAGGAUCUGUUCAGUGUAUGACUCAGUUUGUCGCAAGCGAAAACCCCAAGGAACUCAUCCAUGGUUCUAACAAUGCUGGAAGUGGCACAGAGUGCUUCAAGCCCCCCUUGAGACACGCGCUUAACCACAGUCAGGAGACAGUAGAAAUGGAAGACAGUGAACUUGAUACUCAACAUUUGCAGAAUACAUUUCAGGUUUCAAGGCGUCAGUCAUUUGCUUUAUUUUCAAAACCAAGAAGUCCCCAAAAGGACUGUGCUUACUCUGUGCCCUCAAAGGAACCGAGUCCAAAGGUGACAGCUAAAGGUAAACAAAAAGACUGUCAGGGACAGGAAGAGUUUGAAAUCAGUCACGUACGGGCAGUUACGGCCAUGGUGGGCUUACCUAUGCCCUGUCAGGAAGGUAAGCUGGAUGCUGGUGCAGUGUGUGAUGGAGUGUCUAGGCUUUCCCCACCAUCUCAUUACAGAAGUAUUGAGAAUGGGCUCAGCGCCACAGGUAAAUCUGGAGUUUCACAAAAGUCACAUUUUAAACAAUCAGUUUCUCCCAUCAGGUCAUCUAUAAAAACUGACAAUAGAAAACCUCUGACAGAGGGACGAUUUGAGAAACAUACAUCAUCAACUGAAAAGGCAGUGGGAAAUGAGAACAUUGUUCAAAGUAUAGUACACACAAUUAGCCUCAAUAACAGAGGAAAUGCUUGUCAAGAAGCCAGCUCAGGCAGUAUGAAUGAAGUAUGUUCCUCUGGUGAAUACUUCCCGGGACAAUUAGGCAGAAACAGAGGGUCUAAGGUAAACGCCAUGUUUCCGUGUCCUAGUACGCAGCCUGGUGUCUGUAAGCGAAGUGCUCCUGUAGGUGAUAAGUAUCUUGAAAUAAAAAAGCAGGAGGGUGAGGCUGUUGGUGCAGACUUCUCUCCAUGUCUAUUCUCAGAUCAUCUUGAACAACCUAUGAGAAGUGGUAAGAUUUUUCAGGUUUGCUCUGAGACACCUGAUGACCUGCUGGAUGAUGUUGAAAUACAGGAAAAUACUAGCUUUGGUGAAGGUGACAUAAUGGAGACAUCUGCUGUCUUUAACGGAAGCAUCCUGAGAAGAGAGUCCAGUAGGAGCCCUAGUCCUGUGACCCAUGCAUCAAAGUCACGGAGUCGCCACAGAGGGUCUAGGAAAUUAGAAUCCUCAGAAGAGAGCGACUUCUCUGAGGAUGAAGAUCUUCCUUGCUUCCAACAUUUACUGAGCAGAAUAAGCAACACACCUGAACUUACCAGAUGCAGCAGUGUUGUGACACAGCGGAUGCCAGACAAAGCGGAGGGGACCCAAGUGCCAUGGAAGGGUAGCAUCAGUGACUGCAAUAAUGAGGAGAUCUUGAUAGAGGCAUCUCAGGAGCAUCAGUUUAGUGAGGAUCCAAGAUGCUCUGGCAGCAUGUUCUCUUCACAGCACAGUGCUGCCCAAGGUUCAACUGCAAAUGCAAACUCCCAGGAUCCCAAUUUUAAUCCACCUUCCAAACAAAGGAGUCACCAGUCUGGGAAUGAGGAAGCUUUCCUAAGUGACAAGGAAUUGAUUUCAGAUAAUGAGGAAAUGGCAACUUGCCUAGAAGAGGAUAAUGACCAAGAAGAGGAUAGUAUAAUCCCAGAUUCAGAGGCAUCUGGAGACGAGAGUGAAACAAACCUUUCUGAAGACUGCUCGCAGAGUGAGAUUUUAACCACUCAGCAGCGGGCGACCAUGAAGAAUAACCUGAUAAAGCUGCAGCAGGAAAUGGCUCACCUGGAAGCUGUGCUGGAGCAGCGUGGGAACCAGCCUUCUGGCCACUCCCCUUCCCUCCUAGCAGACCCUUGUGUCCUGGAAGACCUGCCAGAUCCAGAACAAAACAUGUCAGGAGCAGCAAUUUUAACUUCAAAGAACAUUAAUGAGAAUCCUGUAAGACAAAAUCUGAAGAGCACUUGUGAUGACAAAUUCCAACCACAACAUCCGGAGGGUCCCACCAGUGGAGAGAACGAGUCAGGGAUGGGAAGGCCUCCUUUUAAAUCUCCAUUGGCGGGCAGUAGGGGCUCUGCACAUGGCCACUCUAGGGGUCUUCAAAACAGAAACUUCCCCUGUCAAGAGGAGCUCCUUCAGCCUGCUGAAUCAGAGAAGUCCUCUGAACCACACAGUUUAACAGGUCGGUCUAGCUUGCCAAGGCAAGAUCUCGAAGGAACCCCAUACCUGGAAUCUGGAAUCAGCCUUUUCUCUAGUAGAGACCCCGAAUCUGAGUCCCCUAAAGAACCAGCCCAUGUUGGCACCACACCAGCUUCAACCUCUGCACUGAAAAUAUCCCAAGGUCAAGUUGCUGAGUCUUUCAGGAGUGCAGCUGCUGCUGGUGCUGAUACAGCAGUGGUAGGAAUUGUGAGCAAGAUAAAGCCGGAAUUGACGUGUUCAAAAGAAAGAGCGGAUAGAGAAAUAUCCAUGGUGGUGUCAGGCUUGACCCCCAAAGAAUUAAUGAUUGUGCAAAAGUUUGCUGAAAAAUACCGCCUCACUUUAACUGACGCAGUUACUGAGGAGACAACACAUGUAAUUAUAAAAACAGAUGCCGAGUUUGUGUGUGAGCGGACACUGAAAUAUUUUCUGGGCAUUGCAGGAGGAAAGUGGAUAGUUAGCUAUUCAUGGGUGGUCCAGUCUAUCCAAGAAAGAAAACUUCUGAAUGUGCAUGAAUUUGAAGUCAAAGGAGAUGUUGUGACUGGAAGAAAUCACCAGGGUCCAAGGCGGUCCAGGGAGUCCCGGGAAAAGCUCUUCAAGGGCCUACAGGUCUAUUGUUGUGAGCCCUUCACCAACAUGUCCAAAGAUGAGCUGGAGAGGAUGCUGCAGUUGUGUGGGGCUUCCGUGGUGAAGGAGCUUUCAUCUCUCACCCAUGACACCGGUGCUCAACCAGUUGUGAUCGUGCAGCCAAGUGCCUGGACAGAAGACAGCUACUACCCAGACAUUGGGCAGCUGUGCAAGGCACGUCUAGUGAUGUGGGACUGGGUGUUGGACAGUCUAUCCAGCUACCGGUGUCGGGAUCUGAAUGCCUACCUGGUACGGAAUAUCACCUGUGUUCCUGACAGUAGUGAGCCACGAGACUCCAAUGAUUAAUUUAAGGAAUGGUCUUCCGUGCCCGGGGAGCACCUCUCAGUCUUUGGUGCUUCCACACCCUACUUACUAAGUAUUUUUCAUGCAUCAGCCUGGAAAAACCAGCUUCUACCUAUGUGAGGGUAGGUGCCUUAAAGGUUUUCUAACCAAGUCCCCCUUUGAAAUCUGUCUUGAACACAAAAAGUUUUCACCUGAGAAAACUUUAGCCCAGCAAUUGAGCAAGAUGCUAAUUUGUUGCAUAUCAUUCUUGGAGAGAAAGUAGAGUGGCUUGGCUGGUCUGAGCUGGGCAUGGUGGUACUUGCCUAUAAUCACAGCAUUUGGUGGAAAAAGACGGGCAUGUCGUGAGUUCAAGGCCAGCCUGGACUGUAUAUGACUGAAGAACAAAUGGCUAGUGGUCCUGAUUUGUUCCUUAUAAAUUACAUGUUCAUAAAGGCCAAGGGUCAAGGCCUUCAAGGAGAUAGCUUGAAAUCUGUGGUUUGACUUAAAAAUCAGUGCUCCUCGAAGCUCCAAGUUUAGUAGCCAGCACCAAAGGACACCCAUUUCCCUCCCCCAACACCACCCAGAAUAGGGCUUGUGCAGGACACUGAGGAAAUUCAGAGGAAGAUUAUGUAUUUGAUGUGAAUGUGAGGUUUUUCAAGUGCCAGUGUCAAGGAGAGCCUUCUAAUUCCCCAUAACUUAUGAGCAAUAUGUCUGUUGUAGCAGCUCUAAGUAACCCAUUCCUCUUUAAAUACAAGAACUCUGAUAUGAAUAUUUCAUGUCUGUACAAUGAUGGAUUCCACCAGGAAAGAAGCCGUUGCUUUCUUUGAAGUAAUUUCUUCCCUUUUGCUCCCUGUUGCUGAACCUACUACUUCAUAAAUAAUUUUGCUUGCUGAAGGAAGAGAACAUAUUUUUCAUGAACUCAUAAUCUUGGACUGUUUAUAGAUAUUGGGGGAGUAGGUCUUCUCUACCCACCCCACCCCACCCCCGUAUGCAAGGGCAGUGGAGACCUGAUUAUAUAAAGUAUGUUUAUAAAUGCUGUGCUGUUAAUACUGCAAAUAAACUAAAUAGCAAACA